UUAGAACUAUAUACUACUCUACCACAUAAAGAAACACUUGUUUCGCAUUCACAAGCCAUUGCCAGGCAGCAGGCAGAACUAUUCAACGCUGGACUUUUCUGCCAUAACCAUUAAAUGGGUGGUCGUUUAACGCAUUUAUUUGCACGUUGGUUUCCAAAAACUGAACCGGAAUUGCGUGUUGGCAUGCUAGGAUUGGAUAAUGCUGGCAAAACAACCAUUUUAUAUCAAUUGAAAUUGGAACGGAACGUUGAGCCGGUACCCACCGUUGGCUUCAAUGUGGAAAAUGUGCGUUGUGGUAAAAUGUUGUUAAAUAUUUGGGACGUUAGUGGCGAUCGACCACGUACACGUACAUUGUGGCAACAUUAUAAUCAUAAUACGCGUGCAAUUAUCUUUGUGAUUGACGCAACGGAUAUGCGUCGCUUGCCACGAGCUAUGGAUGAGUUACGUUGGUUGUGGUGUCGCCCCGAAUUGAGCGAAGCUGUCUACCUUUUAUAUGCUAAUAAACAGGAUUUGCCGGGCGCACUGGGUGCUGAACAGUUGGUCACAAUACUGCAGUUGCAGACAUUAACACAACAGUGGGCCAUUCAAGAGUGUUGCGCCAUCAGUGGUAUGGGUUUAAGCGACGGCCUACAACAAUUACAGCAAAUGCUUGCGCAUAACCGGGGCAAGAGACUUAGUGCAACAUUAUCAAAUAAAUUGUUUUAAUUGUGCGCAAAUUUACCUUCGA